UCCUCUCUCCCUCGGCCGUGCGACCGAAUCCGCGCCGCUCCCGCAUCUGGAGCGCCAGCCGAAACCCUAAACCCCACUCGUCUCACUCCGGGCUGCCUGAGGAAGGCCUACAAUUUUCCCACGGCGAGCUUCUUGCGGCUCGAGCAUUGCUUCGUGCUACUUUUGCGGCGCUAAACCCUAGCAAAAACUCUAGAGCCAACGCCAUGGGCGCCGAAGCGAAGCUCGAUUCGAUCGAGCGGCGAGAGGAGGGCGACGUGGACGUGGAGAAAGAGGGCGAGGAGGAGAAGAGCUUCGAAGAGCUGGGCCUCGACGAGCAAUUGACCCGCGCUCUGAGGAAGAAGAGCGUCACCGAUCCCACUCCGAUCCAACGCGCAGCGAUACCCUUGAUCCUGAGUGGAAAGAAUGUUGUUGCAUGUGCCAAGACGGGCUCAGGUAAGACUUUUGCAUACCUCCUUCCGAUGCUGCAUGAGCUGUUGAGGCUAUCUUCUGAGAACAGUUUGAGGAAAUCUGCUCCAAAUGUCUUCAUUCUCGUGCCAACGCGGGACCUUUGUCAUCAGGUGUAUUCUGAGGCUUCGUCUCUCCUCGAGUUCUGUACAAAUAAGUUCAAGAUUGUGCACUUGAUGGCCACAAUGCCCAUCCAAGAUAUGCGUGUUGCUUUGUCCGGACCCCCUAAUAUUGUGGUUGCAACUCCAGCUUGCAUCUCAACAUGCACAUCAAAAGGUGUCCUUCGAGCAUCAUCUAUUCGCGAAUCAAUUUCAAUGUUGAUUCUUGACGAGGCUGAUCUUCUCCUUUCUCAUGGACAUGAGGCUGACUUGAAAGCUCUAAUCCCUCAUAUUCCAAGAAGCUGUCAGUGCAUUCUUAUGUCUGCAACUACUAGUCCUGAUGUUGAUAAACUGAAGAAGCUCCUGCUGCACGAGCCUGUAACUCUGACUCUCUCUGAAGAAGGCCAAUCUAAUAGUGAUCUAAUUCCUGGAAAUAUUGAACAAUAUUGGAUCUCUUGCAGCGCUCAUGAUAAGCUACUCUACAUAUAUGCUCUCUUAAAGCCAAAGCCCAGGCUUCUUGCAGGAAAAGUUUUGAUAUUUGUCAACUCAAUUGAUAUGGCAUUUAGACUAAGGUUGUUCCUUGAGAAGUUUGAAAUAAGAUCUGCUGUCUUAAAUGCUGAAUUGCCACAAAAUUCACGGCUUCAUAUUCUUGAGGAAUUCAAUGCAGGGCUAUUUGGUAUUCUAAUAGCAACAGAUGAUAAUCAGAGUAAGGAGAAGGAUCAAACAAGUAGAGAAAGUCAAGUGCAAUCUAGAAGUACCAAGAAGAAGUUCCGGCAAAAUUUAGAUGCCGAAUUUGGAGUCGUCAGAGGAAUCGAUUUCAAAAAUGUCUUCACGGUAAUCAAUUUUGACAUGCCUCGAAGCCCUGCUGGAUAUGUUCAUAGAAUUGGCCGCACUGGAAGGGGCCGUAACACUGGUACUGCUGUGUCACUUGUCUCACCAGAGGAGGGAGAACUUUUUGCCAAAAUCAAAAUUAUGUUGGAAGGUGAUAGCAGAGAUGACUCGGUACAUAUUCAACCUUUCCCUCAUCUUACUAAAAAGGCUGUUGAGGAUCUACGGUAUAGAGCGGAGGAUGCUGCUAGGAGUGUAACGACUCGUGACGUUCAGGAUGCACGUCACCAAGAUCUAAAGAAAGAAAUUCUCAAUUCUGAAAAGUUGAAGGCUCAUUUUGAAGAGAACCCGAGGGAUUUAGAUUUAUUGAAGCACGAUAAGAUACUUAGCAAGACGGCUCCUCCCAGCCACCUACGUGUAAUACCCGAUUAUCUUAUUGAUCCCACUACAAAGCAAGUAGGGAAAGCUCUCAAGCUUUCGCGAGCUGCAGUGGGAAUAAAUACCGCGAAGAAGCGGCCCGGAUUCAAGAAAGGAUUUGGCAGAAGCAGCGACCCACUUAAGACUUUCUCAGCUGAGAAGAAGAAAAGGCGGGAUAAUGAUGGAAAGGAUCAUAGACAAAAAAAGAAGCUUAAAGUGGGAGAAUGAGAUUUAUCAGGUUCUUAUUUGGUGACGGUUAGAAACAGGGGUGUCGAAUGUAGUUCUCCCCUCUUCAAUUUUGUAGGCUAUUUAAAUUUUUGCCUUUUCUUUUGUUGUAGCAAGGAGAUUUGUAAUUAUUGCUUUCAUACUGCGGUUUUUUUUUUUUUUUUCUUUAUAACAAGACAUUGGAAGUUGCUUA